AAAAGUUAGUAGAAGAUACUGAACUCCUGUGGCAUCCUGCGUGUUUUUUUGGUGUGUUGUCCCUUUAAGUUGUGGGCACACUGUCCCUUUAAGACGUCCACCCGGUAGUCAGACACAUGCGUCUGAAUAUGAGCUGAACUUCAGUUAUCCGCACCAAACAAUAGCUGCGAUUCUGUUUCGACCAUUUACAGGUUUGGACAUUUAUUGGCGUUAGCAGGUGCAGGUGUUUAACCCGACUGUUACUGCGCAGGCGUGAGAAUAAGGUGCAAUAAAUGCGAAUCAAUUCAAAGGUUGGCGUGCAGAAGCAUGACUGUCAGUAUCGCCGUGUCACAGCUGGGGCUGCAGACUGAGCACUGUUAAAGUCAAAAAGCAGGAAGAGACUGAAUAUUACAGGAAAACAUGUCGAAACCGGACAGUACCAAGCGACAGCCCGUCACCGGGACUGGGCGCUUCAUCAGCGGCGUAGUAGAAGGCUUUUAUGGGCGGCCGUGGACUAUGGAGCAAAGAACAGAGCUGUUUAAGAGGGAACAGAAGUGGGGUUUGAACACAUACCUGUACGCCCCCAAGGAUGAUUACAAACACAGGAUGUACUGGAGAGACUUGUACGCUGCUGAGGAGGCGGAACAACUAACGAGCCUGAUAUCAGCAGCGAAACAGCACGACGUCGAGUUUGUCUAUGCAAUCUCACCCGGUCUGGACAUUACUUUCUCCAACCCUAAAGAAGUAGCUGCCCUGAAGAGGAAACUAGAUCAGGUCAAGGAGUUUGGAUGCAGGUCUUUCUCUUUACUCUUUGACGACAUCGAGACUGAGAUGUGUCCAGCUGACAAGCAGGCUUUCAGCUCCUUCGCCCACGCUCAAGUGGCCAUCACUAACGAGGUGUACAUGCACUUAGGAGAGCCCGAAGUCUUCCUCUUCUGUCCUACAGAUUACUGUGCUGUCUUCUGUACGCCCAGUGUAACCCAGUCCUCGUACCUGAACACUGUGGGAGAGAAGCUCCUGCCUGGCAUUGACGUACUGUGGACUGGUCCGAAAGUAGUAUCCCACAAAAUCUCAGUUGAAUCCAUAGAGGAGGUAUCCUCAGUCCUGAAGAGGGCACCAGUCAUCUGGGACAACAUUCAUGCCAAUGAUUAUGAUCCCCAAAGGCUUUUCCUUGGACCCUAUAAGGAUAGACCCACUGAUCUGAUCCCAAAACUGAAAGGAGUGCUCACAAAUCCCAAUUGUGAGUUUUACCCAAACUUCGUGGCCGUUCACACUCUGGCGACAUGGUGUAAAGCACCUGCCGAAGGAGCACCGAGGGAUGUGGAGAUGGGUGAUGAAGAGCAGGAUCCUUGCUACAGCCCACAGAAAGCCCUGAAUCUGGCCCUCACUGACUGGCUGGAGGAGUUCAUGAGCACAGAUCAACUAGGAGGCCCUUGUCAUCCUCGCCUGAAGAAAGAGUCAUCAGAAGAGGAGCCCAUGCAGACUGACAUGGGUGAGAGCCCCUACAUUCCUGGUCCCGGGGAGAACCCAUUGUACACAGCUGAGCCUCUGACCCUGGAUGACCUGAAGCUGCUGUCAGACCUCUUCUACCUGCCCUACGAACACGGUACCACAGCCAGGACCAUGCUGCAGGAGCUGGACUGGCUCAAAAACCAAAGUCAGGCAGCAGCUGCAGAGACAGACAAGACAGCAGAGUGGUGCUCAAGAGCCCAGCAGUUCGAUAACAUGUGUGAGGCAGUGGUGCAGAUGUUCAACCGCCUGUCAAAUGCCCCGAACCGCAGCAUCCUGUACGAUCUGUACAACUACAUCUGUGACAUCAAGAGUGGGGUCGGCCUGGCUCGAGCCUACGUGAAAACACUAGGAGGCCACAGCCAACCCUCAGCCCAGUUAUUGAACGAUGAUCCUGAACCUUGGGGCUUCAGAGGAGGCCUGUCUGGAGAAUUCCAGAGGAUGCUGCCAGGACAUGGAAACAGAGACCUGUUCAGACAUCCUCCCAUGACAGCAGUUUACUGCAUACGACCCUACUGCCCUGAGGACAAGCCAGAGGUAGAGAGGAUUUUCAGGGAGAUGCAGAAAGCAGGAGAAGGCAACUCUGCUCUGAUGGCUCAGUCUCCACUUAUCAGUGACGGCCUGUCAGCAGGUGAAAUCUCUCCUUCCCCUCUCUGUGGUCUUAUCCUGGAGGAUGACCUCGGGCUGUGUGGUUAUGCACUGGCCCUCACUGAUGCCAAACCAGCUGCAGCCAAGAUCCAGAGGGCAGUAAGUGGUUCAGUGUUUGAAGAGUUCCCCUCAGUGAUUGCUCUGGAAAUGCUCCCUCGGGUCACUGAUCCUUCUCCAGCCAAGCGCAUGAUUGGUCAGCUGUUGUCCUCCAUCAGGAGCAGUGGGUCCAGAGGAGCCUUUUGUGAGUUGAGGCAGAGCAAUCGGAGGAUGCUCGACUUUUAUUCCAAACUGGGCUCCUUCAAACUCGUACAGAUGGACGGGCUACCGCAAGACAUCCUUGUAAUGGCAACAAGCCUGUGAAAAAGA